CUGUACAUGUCACUACUGAUCACGUGCCUGGCGGGAACGAAAACUCUUCCCUGAGCAGCCCGGGGUCCCACCAGGACGUGUGUGUGUGUGAAAGAGUGUGUUGUAUGGGCUGAUUGGCGUGUGGAAGCUGGGUGCCAUGUGGUGGUUCAUGCAAGGCUUGUGCUUCCUGCCCGUCUUUCUGGUCGUGUGGUCCUCCAGCACCUUCAUCGUGUCCUACAUUACUGCGGUCUUCAGACGCGACGUGGACGUGUUGUUCCCCUACAUAAGUGACACAGCUGCAUACCCUCCAGAGAGCUGCAUAUUUGGCUUGAUGACAUUUGUUUCGGCAUGUGCAGGCACGGCCACGAUCUACGCCAGAUUCAAGUAUGUGGAAAAGCUGAGCGAGGAAACUAGGGUGGUGAGUCCAUGUCUGAAUAGGACGACACUGGUGCUGGGAAUGCUCUCCUGCUUGGGAAUGUGCAUCGUGGCCACGUUCCAGGAGACGACAGUGAUGGUGGUCCAUGACAUGGGAGCUUUGCUCUUCUUCAUCUCGGGUGUCCUCUACAUCAUCCUCCAGUGCGUCGUCUCAUAUCACGCCUUCCCGUACGGAUCCUCCAUGAGCGUGUGUCGAGCACGGCUGGCUGUGGCGGUCAUCGCCUCUUUGGCCUUCUUCCCAAUCUCGUGCAUCGUCUCGUCUCGUGACGCCCCUAGUAGCCAUACAUUCAGUGUUUUCCUUACACGGACAAACCAAGCCGUCAUUUGUGCCUUUUUCGUGAAACAAACGGACCAAAUGGACCUGCACAGGAACACAGGAAGCAAGGACUACCCCUUCCAUGUGGCCAGCGCCGUGUGCGAGUGGAUCGUGGCCUUCAGCUUCAUCUGCUUCUUCCUCACCUACAUCGAUGACUUUAAAAUGUUUACAUUGCGAGUGAGGACCGAGCUGGAGUCCUGAUAGGACUCUUCCUACACAAGACCUCAUGAUCUUAUCUAUUUUCUGUAUGACAACCACUUGCUGUAUCAUUUCACACGGUGCUGCGCCGACGGCCGCCUACGCUCACUUAGUGACUCCUGCACUUUGCUCCGCUCUUGCGACACCAGCAGCGUGACACAUCUCGUCAAAUACGAGAAGUUAUGAAGUGGACACCUGAUGCGGGAGCGCGUGACGCCUUUUUUCCCCCCACAUUUCACUGACUUUUUCAGACGUAAUGUGUUAUGUAGCCACCAAAUAUCACACAGUGUUAUCUAUCACGGGCUGAAAGGUACUUGGUAAAUAAGAAAAGCAUUUAUAUGAGUUCUACCUGCCAGUGUUUCCCAUACAUUAAUUUAUUUGUGGUUUAUUUGGAACGCCUCAAAUAAAUUUGGCGCUACCUGUUCGUCCUCGCUCAUAUUAUAACGCAUUAUAACGGGACUAGCCGUGACUGUAGCUUGUCGUUGCACUGCCGUACAGUAGAUGGCGUCAUAACUCUGCUUCUUAAUACACCAUAUGCGCCUCGUUUGGUUAUUUUUUCAAAGCGGCUGGUCCCUUUGGGUACGCUUGGAGAAACAAGCCCACAGGUGGCUCCGUCUUGCUUGUGACAUGAAAAAACAACAUAUUUGUUUUGCUUGCGUCCAUAAAAAUGACAUGCACAUGCGUCACCGCCAAUUAUUCAAAGUAGAUGAUGAAGUCCAAUUGCCACAAAUAGAUUGCAGUCCUGUGGGAAACACUGACAUCACUCUUAUGUCGUAUUGGACUGAUAACCAAACACUGCCAAGCUUGACAAUAAAGACACUUUUGACAUGUUUUUUAAAAAA